AUGAUAACUACGCGCAGCGCGUCGACAUGGAUGUCGGCGUGGAUGUCGAUAUCUCUGAUCCUGUUCCUGAUGCCGCAGUCAUCACGAGCACAUGCACAAAACGGAUCAGAUCCGGAUUACGACGAUCCUCUGGAGCAGAGCAGUACAGACACGCAUUCUGGAAGUGAUGGCUCGAUGGGCAACAAAACGAGGGUGCUGAUUAUCAUCUUGUCGGUGGUUGUUCUUGUUUUGCUUAGCUCAUCCAUCCUAUAUGUCAUCGCCCAACGCAGACAGUGGAAUAUCCGAGAAGCCGUUUCCAAGUCCGCUCGCCGUGUCAUGGAUGCUAUCAAAUCGCCAUUUACCAGGUCACCACAAGCCAUCACACCUCAAAGAAGGCGUUCAUCACGGGGCAUGACCAAGCUAAAAUCACCGCGUACGGCCGAGAUGCUGGCAAACCAGCAGAGACCUCCCCCUCAGCCGGAUCGCUUUGAAGAAGCACACAAGAUGCCCUGGGAGUGGGGAGGACACCCCCACCACGACAACGAAAACUUUGAUAUAGAGCGCGGAAUCGAGCUGGCAUCAACGGGAAAUAUGAAAAUUACGGUAUCGACGACGGUGGAUAGUAGUAAUAGCAGAUCGGACAGCUCGUCGAAAACAGGCUGGGGAGGGGUUUUUACAUUGGGGCGACAUAAAUAA